AAGUACAGAGAGGCUCAAAUAAACGUAUCCGUAAACAGCCUAAAGCGCAAGAACAGAACUUUUGUUAAAAUUUACAGGUUAUUAUUUGCGUCGAAACGCAACAAAAGAGGCAAAGCAAGCAGCAUGCGUAGCUAGCAGUUAGCUCCACUUGACAACGAGACGCUGCGACGCCCCUGAAAUUCAUGACAAAGUAUUAAACGAUCGAUUUGUGAUGGUGUCUAAAUGUUUCUUCCAAUCUGUGCCAAAGCCACCGUGCUAUUUAAAUCAGUGAACAAAUCUGGAUUUGUGCCCAGUCCUCCUCUCUGACCUAUGAAAUGACCUGAUCCGAGUCCACUGGUUCCAGUAUCUAAUGAUAAUGGCCAGAAUAGCCUGGUAUCAAGAGAAGAUCGGGGCCUAUGAUCAACAGGUCUGGGAGAAAUCUCUGGAGAAGGCAGAUCUAAAUGGUUUGGACAGCAAACCAAAGAAGACGGGUCACAUCAAAGCAGACCUCAUCGAUGUUGACUUAGUAAGAGGAUCAACAUUCAGCAAAGCCAAACCAGAGAGUCCAUGGACAGCUCUGACUCGAAAGGGUCUGGUCAGAGUCCUGCUGUUUCCGUUCUUCUUCCAAUGGUGGAUCCAGGUGACCUCCAAGUCCAUCUCCUCAUGUAUCCUCAUGCUCUACUUCAUGCAAGUGGCAGCGGUGGUGCUGUACUUGGAGGUCCCUGGGGCGAGUGCCAGCGAGGUGUUUGGACCCAUGUGUCUGAUGCUGCUGCUGGGCACCGUGCACUGCCAGAUUGUGUCGACCGAGUCCAGCCGGUGGCCCUCAGGCAGUCCAGCUGCCAGCAGCACCACCAGCCCAGCGCGCAGAAGGAGGCCAAGGAAGGGCAGAGGGUUGAAAAAAUCAGAAGAAAAGAAUGACAGCGGGGACACGGAGCUGCAGGGGCCCUGGCAGUUCGAAGAAAGCCAGCGAUUAUACAGAAACGAGGAGAGGAGGAUUGUCUCCCAGAACAAAAGAAAAUCAGGAUUUGGGGCAUCCGAUGAGCUCUCCAGUGAGGAAGAGGAAGGAGUUCAACCACUAGAAGUGAUUCGACCACCACCCCAUCACGACAGACACCCUGAUACAGUUUUGCUGACAGCUGCACCACCAGUGUCUUCUGUUCGGAAGAGACAUCUAAAGAGUAGCCCCAAAUCUACACUGAGACCUCAGGAAGGGAGUGGAGCUUCCGUCAAGGUGAAGCCACGUGAGCUGGAGCGUCUCCGGCCCAGUGUGGGGUCUCGUCCUGCCUCCGACACCGACGACACGAUGUGGGAGGAGCUUCUCCAGGGUUCUGACUCUGGCUCCACUGGCAGCAGUGACAGCGAGGGGAACGGGAGGUACGCUGGUAUGGGCCUCCCACAAACCACCACUCUGAGCAGUGACGACGAAAGCCUACAACAAGGGAUCACCGGAAACCAGCUGUCUUGGCUGCAGGCAUGUCACCCAUCCAAGGACCGUGUCAGUGCCAUAAUAUGGGAGCAGGGGGAGUGUAAGAAAGCAGACAUGUCAGUGUUGGAGAUCAGCGGCAUCAUCCUAACGCGGGUGAAGUUAGUGGAGCAAGGUAUGGGUUACCUUGUGCUCGGCGGGCUCAUGACUGCCACCCUGGCGCUGCUCCCCUUUGCCUUCCGCUUGGCUCAGCAGCUGGACAUGUCGAGCCUCGGCUCUCUGUCACUCACAGAGCUGGCAGAGAUGGCAGUGGGGCCGUGUGAUGCCCAGACGUACGCCUUUCACUUCAUCACAACAGUGCAAAGGGUCUGCCUCACAGGACUGUUCUUCUUCAUGAUGUGUGUGGCCGAGAGGACCUACAAACAGAGGCUCUUAUUUGCCAAGUACUUCAGCCACCUCACUUCAGCUCGCAAGGCCAAGAAAUCUGAGAUCCCUCAUUUCAGGCUGAAAAAAGUGCAAAACAUAAAGAUGUGGCUUUCACUGCGCUCUUUUCUCAGGAGACGAGGGCCGCAGCGCUCCGUUGACGUCAUCGUCUCUACUGUCUUCCUGUUAGCACUUUCCAUUUCAUUCAGCAUUUGUGCCCAGCUUCUGCACAGCCACAAGACAUUCCUAGAGUCUAUGACAAACUGGGAGCUCAUGGUGUGGUGCUCCUCCCUCAUGCUUUUUCUGUUACGGCUGGCAACGCUGGGCUCAGAGACCAACUGCAAAUACAGCAACUCCUCGGUGCUGCUCACUGAGCAGAUCAAUUUGUAUCUGAAGAUGGAGAAAAAGCCUAAUAAGAAAGAAGAACUCAGUAUUGUGAACAACGUUUUGAAACUAGCAACAAAACUGAUGAAGGAGCUGGAUACGCCGUUCAGACUCCUCGGCCUGACGGUGAACCCUCUGAUCUAUAACAUCACCAGAGUUGUCAUCCUGUCUGCCGUGUCUGCUGUGGUCAGUGACGUGCUUGGCUUCAACAUCAGACUGUGGAAAAUCAAGCCUUAACUGUGAAAACAUCAAACUACUAACAGUCCAGACACUGGAGACCAGGAACCCUGUCUGCUGCAGACAGCCUCUCUCUUCUAUUAAAAGUGCACAAACCUACUGACAGUAUAACGCCUUCCAAACGAAGCUUCUAUCUGAGUUUCAUCAGUCGUUUGCAGUCCUGAGAUGCUCCGACAAUCGCUCACGCGGCAUUACUGGCUGCUCAGCUGACCUGGCAUCGCACAUUUUCCAUCCGCCAUGCCACUAACUCCAGUGCCUCACCUCUCUGACCCUUGAAUGUUCCUCUGUAAGUGGUUAAAUAUAGCAGCAAGAUGAGGUCUGACAUAAUUUCAGGCUUCUGCGGCAUCCACAUUUCCAGUGAUGUCUCGUACAGAUGUGUGAGCACCAAGUGUAAAUGAGUUACAUGGAGAUGAUGUAUAUAGUGAGCUCGGUCUUAGUUUCUCAUCAGUAUAGUACAAAUCAAGCAGUGUAAAGCCAGUAAAUCAAAGUUGGAGUGGGCAGAAGGUGUAUUAAAUUACUUUGUAUAGGACUCAACUCAUUUAAGCCUUUUUAUACUAUUUAAGGAGGAACAUUGUGAUUGUUUGUGCUUUAUUUAUUUGGGGUUAUGUUUGAGCGCUUACUUGUUAUGGUACCUGUAAAACAUGACUCUUUGACCACUGUCUGCCUUUUGUAUUGAGGACCAUUGUUGAAAUGUAUAACUAUGCAAAAAAAAAAUAAAAGAAAAAAGAAAA